UUCACUCAUUAAAAAAUAGUCUAUGGCAAACAAAAUGGGUGUACUUUUAGGUUAGGGAAAUUAAGAAUUUUUAGGAAAUAAAGCUUAACAAAAAUGAAAUAUAUUUAUAAAAUGGAGUCAGUGCUGAUAAGUAUAGCUGUUGUUUUAUGUACCGUAUUACUUCUUAAAUUACUUUAUAAAUUACGGUCAGCUUUGCCUUGGCGCGUAAACUGUUGGUUCUGUAACAGUGACUUUUGGGUUAAAUAUCCAGAACGCAACUGCUGGACUUGCCCAAAAUGUGAGCAGUACAAUGGAUUCACCAAGGAUGGAGACUACAACAAACCAAUCACAGCAUGCAGUGACCAGGGUAUCCAGACACCAAAGGUCUUCAGAAAUAGUCCACCAAAGAAUGGACUCUGCAAAAUGUGUAAUAUCAAUCAGCAGCUGAAAGUGACACAACUAGCCAAUUUUGUUCCUAUGAAUGAGAAGAAGUUUGACGAUGAAAUAGAAUCAUAUAAGAUGCAGUUGGAGAAGGCAUACAAGCUAUGUAGCCCAUGCCGGAGAGUUCUCCAAAUGAAAUUGCAUAAAGAGAAAGAAACCCUUCUGGGGUCUAAAUUAUUAGAAACAAGGACAUCUGAAAGGAUAAAUCAAAAGCAGUUGAAAGAAAACAAACUGCUGAGAAAACUUAUAAACAAUACCUCAAUGCUUAUUGCAGUUAUACUUUUUAUACUGGUUUCUUUUGAACUUUACACAAACUUAACAUUAAGAUACAAGAAUUUACUUAGUACAAUAACUAAUAUAAAAGAAAUAGUACUAGGUCUUCUAGAAAGAAUUUACUCUAUCAUUGAAAUGAAGACUACUAUGACAUUCCCUGCACUAGAAAAUUAUAUCUAUGACAUAAAUAUUGUGAACAUGAUGCCAAAAAGUUUUAAUUUUAGACACAUACAAAUAGACCAAUUAAAUAUGACGACUCAGGAAACUUUAGGGAGUUUUGUAUGCUUUUUACAAAUAAUUGGACUCAUCUGGAAUGCAAAUAGUUUGAAGAAUACUAUUAUCAUUGACUUCCAAUGGCUGAUGUUUGCUAUUGCUACUAUAGGACAUCGUUAUGUGGCUGUGGAACCUAUUUAUUUGAGUUUGAUUAAGACAUUAUGUACCUUCAUAGUAAUAUUGGUGUACAAAAGAAUGCAGGCAGACAACAGAAGUGCGGCGAAGAAAUCCCCAACAUCUCCGAAGCGAAUGAAGAAUCUGUCUAACCUGUCAGCAAAUACGCCUAUUGAUAAUGACGAAAACACUAUGCAUUUAGAAAGUGACGAUGAUGUCUCCUUGAGUAAAUUCGGCUUACACAAUUUCUCAGAGUCAUCUAACGAAAAUCUCGGCCUCAGCCUCAACUCAAGCAUGAUGAAUGGCAGAACUUUUACCCCAAGAGCUGACAGUAUUUGGACAAAACCCAAACUCAAUUCAACAUUUUGUGUUAAUUCUGUUAUAAGCAAAAGUCCAAGUUCCGUGUCCGACACAAUAUUUGUCAAACCUUCUUUCAAUAAAUAUCAGAAGCUCUUGAAGGAUGACUCAGACUCUGAGUUAGAUGAAAGCAUCAGUUCCUUGUGCAUAGGUAGUCCGACAAAGACAAAGAAGAAAACCAAUUCUGUCUUUUCCUUGCGAAAAUUUACCGCUACUCCCAGUUUUAUUGCUCCGACGCCUAUGGCUCGUUCUAGGCCCCUAAUAUCGCCGAGCAAACUGGGUCACGGCACUUCUUGGGUGGCUGGUGGUUACUGGGGCUCUGAGGGUGAGCGCCAGAUAUUCAGUGUAGACGGGAGUCGUUCCUCGAGCCAAAGUUCGGGUUUCGAAUCCCAGACGUCAAGCGUGAACCAGCGCAACGUGUUCUCGCAGCCACCUUCCCGCGAAGAGUCCGUCUGCGGAGAACCAAUGGUGUUAGAUCGCUUCCCAACCAUGAAUAGUUUUAAUGGCUUCCAGUCGCCACAGAACUUCAGCCGAAUAAGCUCUCCAGUGUUCCCUCAGAUGCAGUAUAACAGCCAUGUCCACAUACCUCAGGCUCAAUUUGCUCAACAGACGGCAAUGUCAGCGAAUGUGUUUGCUCAACAUCAGCAAUACGUGCAAACUGGCAUGUUCAAGACCCCUGGUGGGUCAGGUCUCAUAAAGCUGCCGCGAGUCAAUUCUUUCGAAUCGCUUGACAACUAGUCAACUGCCUUCGCAUUUCCGACUUGUUUUCUAUAAAUUCGUACGUAUUUUUUUGUCUUGCUCUUAUCUAUUUUAUAUAUUUUUUUUGAAAGUUCUGUGAACUGCCAUUACGUUAAGAACAUUUUGUUAAGUUAUAUCAUGUUAGUUGUAAGCGAUUGUUAGUUGUAACGUUUGAGACUAAACUUAGUUUAUAAGACGUAUUUGCUGAUCUCGUGUUGGUGCCAGGUGUUGGCGAUAUGAAAGCAUUAAGAAUUAUUGUAUUGUUAACAAUUUUUAUAUGGACGUCACUGUCCUAUUGUCGAACAAAAUGUGAUAUUGUAAAGACUAAAUAAUUUUUUGCAAAAAGAGAAAAUGAUUCUUGAUGUUAUCAUCGUUUUGAUUUUGUCAUCGAAUAACGGAAACUUUUUGUGAAACUCCUGCAAUAAAAAGCGUAAAAUUGUA